AUGAAUGUAUUCGAGCAAUUCUCACAACUCUCUGAAGAACUCUGUAGUCAUUUAUAUUUAAAAGAUUAUGAUAAAGGCGACAUAAACGCUUUAAUAGAUGAACUUAAUGCGAAGCCUUAUAAUUCAAAUUUGUUUGUGCGCAAAGAGGAUGCAGCUGCCCUGGUGACCUCAUUAUGUUUCAAUAUCAAGCCUGUUGAUGAGUUUCUGUCAACUAAAACAUCACAUUUGAUAAACAGUCUAGUUACCAAACAGAACCUUAAAUUUGGCUAUGAUUUCUUAUUUAAAGUAGUAGCUUGGCAUAUUGAAUGCAUAAAAACAUGUUCAGAUAUCAUAUUACCUGAUAUUCUGCAUAACCUCCAGUGUAUAUUGCAAACAAACCCACAAAGUGGUAGUAAGUUUAUUAAUGAACUUAUUGGUAACCAUGGCCUCCUUGUAAGUAUAAUAAACAAUGUGAAGCAAAGGGAUAUGAAUAAACAAAAUUCAUUACAAAUAUCUUUGAUAGCACUGAAAUGUAUCUCAUGCUUGUUAACCAUUGAUGAAAAUAAAUUUAAUGAAGAAAAAUACAUAGGCUUAGUUAUUAAGGAAUAUUUAACACAAGUUGUUAUUGAAUUUCUAAUGAAAGAUUAUUCUAAAUCUCAAGACGAGUCUAUGUACUGCAAAGUUGUGAUAUCUGGCUUGAGAGUUCUAUCUUACAUAUACUUUAAUGACUCCAAAGUGAACCUAUCAAUGCCAGAGAUUAUAGGUAUAUGCCGGCAUUUCAUUCUAUAUGCUCUUAUAGUACAAGGACGUCCUGAAAGAAUUAUGCCAUCUCAGCAAACUAUAGCAGCUGAACCUGUGAAAAUACAACCUAAAGGAGGGAAAAAACAAAAGAUCCGAAAACACAGGAACAAUGCUAUCGAAAGUCUAAAGAAAGAAAUACCUGUAUCAGAUCACAGUUUAAUGAAGGAUGUCAAAAGCUUUGAUAGUUCAUAUAAACCAGCCAGCAAUUACUUGGAGCCACAGAAGCCUAGAUCCAGUUGGAUUUUAACGAGUGACAGUGAUUUGUCAGAUAUGGAAAAUGGUAGGGAAGCUAAACUAAUCGCUCUAAGAUCAAGAGUAAGGCAAAGUGCAGCAAAUCUUUUUCUUGUUGUCUUCAAGAUAAAGGAAAAACGUGAUACAUUUGGAUAUUGGUGGGCACUCUUACCAGAUUGUCCAGUUGAUAACUGGCUUGGAGAGGAAAAGUCAAAAAAGACAUUAGCCUAUUGUGCAGUCGUAGACCCAGUAGCGUCUAGCAGAGCAAGUGCUCUCAGUGUGAUACUAGCUUUAUUAUCUGGAUCUAGAAGUUAUUUGGCACAAGCUGAAACCAGCAAGAAAAACACAUCAUUUAUUCCGUUUUCCGUCUCAUUGGGAUAUAUCAUAACGUGCUUGCAUAAAAUUCUGAUAACUAUUCUGGAAUGCGAGCGGAACCACGCGGUGAUCAUUGUAGCGUUGAAGUGUGCCGCCGCGUUAGUACAAGCGACUCCUUAUCAUAAAAUGCAGGAGGGUCUUAUAAGUGGUAUUGUUAGAUCCACUAGAAAGUACUUAGUCCAUAGAGAUGUAACUCUACAAGUAGCGUCCUUGGUUACAAUUGGAUGUGUCCUGUCAGUUGAUCCCAAAGUAGAGGAAAUAUUACAGGCUAUGGAAAAGGACCAAGUGUCUAAUAAGUCGCAACAAAAUAUAUUAAAUAAGGAAAAUGUGUCUUUGAAUGAUGAAUGCGAUGAUUUCGAAGAAGGAUACUCUGAUGAUGAAAUGUUCACAACAGAAACGAUUAGUGAUAAGAGUGAAGAAGUGGAUAAAUAUAUGUUCAAGAGUUGGAUUCUGGAUAUCUGUUUUAAAAAUAUGGGAUGGCUGUUUAAGAGUAAUGAAGUUGUUAGAUGCAAGCCGUCAACCAUACCUGUUAUUCUGGAAUCUCUUCAAGUUCUAUCAGCGAUCGCGUUCCAUCAUCUAUCAGAUUUCCUAUCGUCACACAUAAUGUUACUUGGUGACAUAUUGAAAGAGAUGUUGAAACACGAACACCAAGAUGUUGUAUUGCAGGCUGCUAGAACUAUAAGUAUCAUUGGUGACGCGCUGCAGAAAUUAGAACAGCAAGAUCUAUCCCCGCCACUAAGUCAGUGUGUGUACAUGUGGGAGACUCUAUUGACGCCUUUAUCGCUAGUACUACAGAACCACGACAACGCUCCCGCUAAGGCUGUCGUGUGCGAUUGUAUCGCUAACAUCGGCGAGAAAUGCUUCAAACAAAUACCGGAUCGCAGCCAGCGCGUGUGCUGCGCGCUGCUGGUAGGUUCGUGUGGUGACGAGGAGGCGGGCGUGCGGGCGGCCGCCGUCAGGUCGCUCGCUAUGACCGUCAUGUACCGCACGCUGAGAGAGGAUAUUUGUUUCGUGAGUGACUGUGGUGAGAAUAUUUUACGAGCGUUGGCUGAACCUACAGCGGUGGUGAGGACGAAGGCUGCCUGGGCGCUGGGCAACUUGAGCGACGCACUCGUCUUGAACAUGGAAGACCCGGAUAUCGACGAUAUAGAUGACGACCUGCUGCUCCGUCUGCUUGAGGUCAGCGUGAGGUGUGCGGAUGAUAAUGAUAAGGUCAAAAUGAGCGCCACACGCGGCCUCGGCAAUCUGUUGCGUUUGAUCAAAAAUAAAAAUAUACAAAGAUAUCCGCAAUUAAAGACCUUAUGCGAGACGGCUAUAGAGAAGCUUUUGGAUUGCGCUUGUAAAGGAACCAACAUGAAGGUGAGGUGGAACGCCUGUCACGCCCUCGGGAACUGUAUGAAGAACGACGACCUGUUCACGUGCUUUAACGGAUGGCAGAGCAAAGUCUUCCCAAAGCUGUGUUCAUUGACCCAAGACUGUAAGAAUCUCAAAGUAAGGAUAACAGCGGCGGUCGCAUUGAGAGUGUCGCGUGCGCAUUGUGGUCAAUACUAUGGCAUUUUAUGGAGGGGGGUUAUGGCGGCCAUGGAAAAUGCGGCUAACGUUGACGAUUACACUGAAUACAGGCAUAAGGAUAAUCUGGUUGAACAGCUCUGCGUGACCUUGGCCCAUUUGUGUUGUCUUCUGAAACUCUCUGACCUGGCGGAUAUAAUGGAUCCUCUCAUCUUUCAUUUCGACUGCGCCAAAUCUCUCUUCACACAGCUACAUCACAAACUACCACCCGAAAAUGUUUCAUAUUCGAAAAUAUUGGAAGCCGCUAAAUAUGUUACAGUCGAAUUAAUACCUGAAAAUGAUACACAGUCACAGACUAUAGGAAUGUUACAGGAAUUAUUCAUUUGGGAUGUUUAA